GUAAACAAUGUUUUUAAUAUAUUGUGUUGGCAAGAAUGCACUGAAAGCUAACAAGCUAAGGCUAACAAGCUAAGGCUAGCUGACAAGCGGCUAGCUAACAAGCUAAGGCUAGCUAACAAGCUAAAGGCUAGCUACAUGUUCAACUUGAGCUAACCCGCGAUAGCCGUUAGCAUUAAUGUUAAAAAAAUGCCGUUUUCUGAAAUAUAAACCUGGACAGCUUUCAUAACAAAGGCUGCAUUGUUGUAAAGUUAGUUGUAUUAAAAUGCUUUGUGUACUCUGAAGAGACAACUAGCUAAACGAUUUAAGCGUUAAAUUCAGACGCUUUGUAGCGGUUAAUCGGGCAGCUAACGUUAGCCUGCUAGCUAGCUAGCUAACUGUCAAGUUUUGAAUAUUCUGCUGCUGCCAGGCCCCAACAUGGCUCCUCCUAAACGGCUUCAUUUUUGACCUCAUGUCGCUGAUGGCAUAACGUUUCUACAGCUGGGAACAAUGAAUAAGUAACAUCAAAUCACUCUGUGAAUGUAUAUAAUCUUUAUUAUGUUAAAAUAACUAACAUCAAAUCACUCUGUGAAUUGAUAUAUAAUCUUUAUUAUGUUUAAAUCAAACCUGUCCUCAUUAUUAUGCACAAGUCUUGAACUUCAUAUAUUAUUUUAAGAACAUUUCUUUCAGUUUCUUGUGUUUAGUCAUAAAUGCUGUUAUGUUAAGUAAUAUCUCUGGUUAUGGACUGUUGGUUGGACAAAACAAGACGUUUAAAAGCGUCACCAAAGACUGUGGGAACUGAUGAUUAUUAGUUGCAGGACAUGUUUUCACAAGUCCUCAAAGUGUGUCUCAGUAGAUGAUACUAUUCUUCAUUUAUUAGACUCUAUGGAAGCAUACAUGUGCUGUAGCUUGAAUAUUGUCUCCACGGAGUUAAAGGUUGCAGUGUGAAGUCAGAUUAAAUUCCUCUACCUGCUUGUUCAUCUUUACAUUUGUGUCCCUAGAAAUCACACGAGUUUAGUGUACAUGAAGUAUUCAGAGUUACAGUUUCUGUUUUUUCCCAGGGUUGAGCUGGGCAGUUAUUUUUUUUUUUUGUUGCUAUAAAGUAAAAACAAUGCUGAUGUUUAUAAUCCUCGUGGGUUCAUGUGAAUGUGUCCUGAGACAGGUUUAGCUUUUUUCCUGUCAAGUGAAGCCAAAGGUCAAAUGUGUGGUGAUAAUCCGAUAUGAAGUUUGACUGGCUUUGCACCAAGAUAACGAUGUCUUGACAAACUCUAAAUAUGUCACGUUUUGUAGUUUGUACUAGCAAAAACAACGCAGUAUCAACAUCUUGUCUACUGGGAUGUAAAACCAGUCAGAGAGAGAGAUCAUCACCACUAAUGACACUGGUGACAUGAUGAUGAUGAGAGUUAGAAACAUGGUGAUGAUGAUGAGGAGUGAGGCAUAUUGUAGUGACAUGAUAGUGAGGCAUAUUGUAGUGACAUGAUGAUGAGACGUAGAAACGUGGUGAUGAAUGAGAGAUAUGAAGAGAUGAAGAUGAGGAAGAAGUACUCAGAGUUUAGGUAAAAGUAGAAAAACCUCAGUGUAGAAAUACUCUGUUACAGGUGAAAGUUCUGCAUUCAAAAUGUCACUUUCGUCCAAAAGUAUUAGCAUCAAAAUAUACUUAAAAUACAAAAAGUUCUCAUCAUGCAGAAUGUCUUGCAGAACAAUGUGUCAUUGGAUUAUAAUUAUUCAUGCGUUCAUGUUUACAUCACUUUAAUGUUGCAGCCGGUAACGGUGGAGAUAAUAUAUACUUUUUUAUAUAUAAUGCUUUACUACCUUGUGGAUUUCCUUCCUAAUUUAAUUUGAACACAUAAUUAUUAUCAUAUAUUUGUUGCUUAUAUUUUGUUGAAUCUGCAAAGUAAUUAAAGUAAUACAACACAUAUAAAGCAGUAAAAGUAUAAUAUUUACUUCUGAAGUAUUUAGCAGCAAAAAAAGGUAAAUACUUAGGUGAAAUACAAGUACCAUGAAUUAUACUUAAGUGCAGUACUUGAGUAGAGUAACUUUCCAACACUGACUUUUAUUUUUAUUUCUACCUGUCCUCUGCCCUGUCAGCAUGCCAGAGUCCAGGUGUGGUUUUAUGCAUUACAUGUGAUGGUAUUUGCAGUUGGUGGGUGAGUCUACUCCUAGGUUUGGUACUGUCAUGCUGGUUGUUCAUCUACAAGGUUCUUGAAUCCAAAGUCUCCUGUGUUUAUGAUGGUUGCUGGUGUAGUUACUCCCUCACUCUUAUCAGCUCUGUGUGUGUGUGUGUGUGUGUGUGUGUGUGUGUGUGUGUGUGUGAGUGAGAGAGAGAGAGAGAAAGUUGCUGAGUCCAUUUCUUCUUGACUGUGUGAACAGUGUAAUUAUCUCAUGAGUGAAUCAUACCGAUCUAGAAGUUGCUGUCAGAUUGCAGCAUUCAGUCCGUAAUGGCAUCAGGAGACUUUCUGAAGAAGAACAGGGCUAUGUCCUCGGCAGCCACCACGUCUCCAUCUGUGGACAAAGUGGACGGAUUUUCACGGAAGUCUGUCAGGAAGGCCAAGCAGAAGCGGUCGCAGAGCUCGUCCCAGUUCCGCUCUCAGGGCAAAGCCAUCGAGCUCACGCCCUUACCACUGCUCAAGGACGUGCCGGCGCCGGAGCAGCCGGAGCUGUUCCUGAAGAAGCUGCAGCAGUGCUGUACUGUCUUUGACUUCAUGGACACGCUGUCGGACCUCAAGAUGAAGGAGUACAAGCGCUCCACGCUCAACGAGCUGGUGGACUACGUGACCGUCAGCCGGGGCUACCUGACAGAGCAGGCCUACCCAGAGGUCGUCAAAAUGGUGUCUCACAACAUAUUCCGGACCCUUCCGCCCAGUGACAGUAACGAGUUUGAUCCCGAGGAAGACGAGCCCACGCUCGAGGCCUCCUGGCCACACUUACAGUUGGUAUACGAGUUCUUCAUCCGGUUCUUGGAGAGUCAGGAAUUCCAGCCCAGCAUUGCCAAAAAGUACAUAGACCAGAAGUUUGUCCUACAGCUCUUGGAGUUGUUUGACAGCGAGGAUCCUCGGGAGAGAGACUACCUGAAGACAGUCUUGCAUAGAAUCUACGGCAAAUUCCUGGGUCUGAGGGCUUUUAUACGAAAACAGAUCAAUAAUAUUUUUCUACGUUUUGUUUAUGAGACGGAGCACUUCAACGGGGUGGCUGAGUUGCUGGAGAUCCUGGGGAGUAUAAUCAAUGGUUUCGCUCUGCCACUGAAAGCGGAGCAUAAACAGUUUCUGGUCAAAGUGUUGAUCCCCCUCCACACCGUCAGGAGUCUGUCCCUCUUCCACGCACAGUUGGCGUAUUGCAUUGUACAGUUCCUAGAGAAAGACCCAACAUUAACAGAACCAGUCAUCAGAGGCUUACUGAAGUUCUGGCCAAAAACCUGCAGUCAAAAAGAGGUGAUGUUUCUAGGAGAGCUGGAGGAGAUCCUGGAUGUCAUCGAGCCCACGCAGUUUGUCAAGAUCCAGGAGCCGCUCUUCAAACAGAUCUCCAGAUGUGUCUCCAGCCCACAUUUCCAGGUUGCAGAGCGAGCUCUGUACUACUGGAACAACGAGUACAUCAUGAGUCUGAUCGAGGAGAACUCCAGCGUCAUCCUGCCCAUCAUGUUCGCCAGCCUCUACAGGAUCUCCAAAGAGCACUGGAACCCGGCCAUCGUGGCGCUGGUGUACAACGUACUGAAGGCCUUCAUGGAGAUGAACAGUACCUUAUUCGACGAACUCACAGCCACUUACAAGUCGGACCGCCAGCGUGAGAAGAAGAAGGAGAAGGAGCGGGAGGAUCUGUGGAAAAAGCUGGAGGACUUGGAGCUGAAGCGGGGCCUUAGGAGCGACGGCAUCAUCCCAACUUAACGAAGACAGCGCCGCGCUCCCUCUGCCCCUCCCCCGCCUCCUCCUCCAUCCUUACCCCUCCCCCCACCUCCCCCUCCACAUCAGCCAUGUCUGCCCAGAGCUCCGAGAAAUCCCCGAUACAGACCACCGUCUUCGGAUCGACCCGGAGCGCCCGCUGGUUUCUUAAUUGUUUUGUUUUUUUCUUCUGUUUAUUUUUUUUCCUCCUGUAUUUGUGCGACUUACUUUACAGUAGAUUCAUCACGUCUGUUUUCAUUAUUUCAACAGCACUGUAAAUAAUUAAUUCUUUCUUUUCUUUUGUUUUUUUUUUCCCUUUAAACUGAUAUUAUUGCAAACGGAUAAACAAAAAACAAUAAUAAUAAAAAAAGGAAGAAAAAAAUAGAAAAUGAGAAAAUGACUUGUGUGGGAGGGUGAAUUAAACGAAACAAAAAAAAAACACUUCUGGACUCUAGGACAUGAGACGAACUCUUGGAAAACAAAAAGAGAGAAUAUAGAUUGAUUUUAACUCUUCAUCCCACUCUUCUUCUUCUUCAGUCCUGUGUGUCAUUUUUAUUUUCCUGGUUCUCCUCUCGUUGCCGCCAUCUUUCUGUCCCCUCCCUCCUCUCUAAUGGUCCAUCUGUCAUUUCUGCUCCCCCCCCCCCCCGUGUGGGAUGUCCCGACUGAUAAUGGUUCCACCCCGUCUCCUUACCUUAAGAUUCCUCUCUGGCCCCGCCCACCUGUCUACAGGUUCUCCUUCCGGUUUUAAACAGGAGAAGAAGAAAAAACGCUUUUAAAAACAGGAAGUUGCUCAGUACUCGCAGACCAUCUCCUCUGGGUGUGCUUACAUGCGUGUUCAUGGGAGAGGUAAUUGUAUAAAUGUUAAAUAUACUUAUUUUUAUUCAAUCUGGUAUUUACAUUUUUUUUACCCACAAACUACCUAAAUAGUUUGAUCUUUGCAUUAAAAAAAACUAAGUGAAUUAUUUAAAAAUCAGUUUUAUUGCUACAGAUCCCAGCCUUCAGUUUAAAGUCGCACUGUAUUUCCUGUGGCUGUUUCACAAUAAAAGCCACUUUGUGUUUCACAAUUUUAAUGUGAACCAGCAGCAGAAGUUUAAGUUUUUUUUUCUGCAUUUACAGUGAAAACUAAACUAAACCAGCGCUGAUGCAGCUGUAUCACAUCAAUCAAUCAAUGAGGGAAACUUCUGAUAAAAAUUACCAAAGUUGAAGAACAUGCACUCAUCGAAUGGCGGACUCUGCCACAAACAACGAAAACUACUAUAAAGGUAUUUUCUGAAUGUAAAUAAACGGAUGGAUUUUUGCAUAAAAAUUGACUAUAGAUCACAAUUUGGGGUUUUGAAAUAGUUUUGUCUUUUACGUUAGCGCCACCUGGUGUUCGUAUGAACAGUGAAAAAUAACCUGAAAACAAGCUGAAGGGAGACAAAUUAUUUAUGCCACUAUGAUUGUAUGAACAUUAACGCAAAGCAAUGAAUUAACUGAUGACAAACAAAAUAAUUAAAUUGAAUUCACAGGUAAUUUAAUUUCAAGUUUUUAUCACAAAUCUUGAUUUUUUUAAUCGAGCGUCUCAUCCUGUUUGGCUGUUUUCGUGGAUGAGCUCACAUCCUGUCCUUUUAAAAUCCUGUCAUUCAUUUUAACUUCCUGUUCAUGCAGGCUUCAUAUAAACCAGAAUAUCAAACGUGUGAAUCCUCAUGUAAACGCACUCGAUUCAUUCCCUCAAAAAAAAGAAAAAGAAAAAAAGAUGGACUACUUCUCACCCAGUCGGUUAUUUUUCUCCCCAUCUUCUUCCUCUUUGAACCUCUUCUGACCCCUCCCCUCCUCCUCACCUGUCACACCAGGUGUCCCAGGUAUCAGUCUGGUACUGGUAUCCUCCGGCCAUAACGGGGACUUUCAAAAUAAAACGCACACACACAAAAUAUAAAUGUUUUCAGAGGAGCGCCAAAAAUAAAAUCUUCCUCCUGUUGUGAAAAGAUGAGCGCUCCUGCCUCACCUCACUCUUCCUCCUCCGGGCGCUGCGUUGACUUCACAGUAUUACAACAACAACAACAAAAGAACCCUGUACAUUGUUAUUGAAUGCAGUACACUGAUAAUCUUGUAUCUUGUAGUAAUUUAGCCUAUGUUUGAGGAGUAUCCAGUAUAUAAAGAGGUAUUAUGGAACAACACUUCCUGGUAUUUAUGAUAGUUUCCCGCCUUUCUCCCUUUCUGUCUCUCACUCCUCCCUCUUCUCUUGCUUUUUAUCUCAUUUUUUUGGGAUAUUUUGAUGAAGUUUCUUUUCACCAUUGGGUAUAUUUUUUUUUAGUUGGGGAGGGUGAGGGCAGGUAGGCAGGGAGUCAGAGGGAGGGGGGUAGAGAGGGGGGGCACAGAGCAGACCACUUUGUCCCGUUGGGGGUGUGAAGGUAAAUAAAAACAAAACCUCCCCCCCUCCUCCCUCGCAGAAUUAAUGUGUGCUUUAGAACAGCCCGGAUAUAAUAUGAUUUAAAAACUGAAAUAAAAGAUAAAAAAGGGUUGGAGAAAUACAAAUGUUUAAUUAUUUAAAAAAAAUAAAGAGAUAUUAAAUUAAACCUGUUUUGUGAUAAAGCCCAGACGCUGGAUUGCUUUAUUUACUGGGUCCACAGGGUGUGUGUGUGUGUGU